AGAAGACGUGUGUUAGAGAGGUGGACAAGUGGCAGAAUAGAAGUAUUGUAUAUAAAGAAAAGAAAGGUUGAAAAUGGAGAAGGAAGUAAGAGAAAGAUGGAGAAGGAGGGAAAAAGAGAGAGUGAAAAAGGGAAAGAAAGGCUUGAAGGGCUUCCGAUAGAGGAGAGUCCAUACCUGCAAUACAAGGAUCUGGAGGAUUAUAAGCAAGAGGGUUAUGGGACGCAAGGCCAUCAACAACCAAAGACAGGUCGUGGUGCUGGAGCUACUGAAGCACCCACUCUUUCUGGUUCUGCACCACCCACUGCCACUGCUGCAAAUAAUCCCAAAGGAAUUCCUUAAUCUACAUUUUCUAUUAUUAAACCUUUUAAAUUUCUGUUUCUACGUUUCUUCUCCAUGCUGUUAACUAGUUAUGCUACGUCUGCAAAUUUUCUAGUCCCCAUGGCCAAUCACGGUUUGAAGACGUCAAGAUGGAGAAGGAGGAUGUGUCUGAAAUUAGUAUUUUAGAGUUUUUAAUAAUGGCUAAAGUAGAAAUGUGUAGGAAGCAAAGAAGGGAGGUGCAGGAAGCAAAACAGGAUUACCAGAUUUCCUUUCUUCAGCCCAUAUGUAAAGAAACAUUCCAAAACUUAAAAAUAAUGUUGAAUUAACUUUUCAACU